AGAGAGAGAGAGAGAGAUGAGGAAGCUAAUUAUAAUUCUAUUACUUACCUCAAUAGUCAUAGCGAUGCCUAUGGUUCUGGGCAUUGCUGAAGGGCCAAAAGCAGUGGAAGAAUGGUUCUCAAAGCUCAACGACCUGACGAAGGAAAAAGUAACCAAACUUCACUUCUACUUCCACGGCAUAGCAAGUGGAAAGAAUUCAACGUCUAUGCCAGUCGUCCUCUCAAAUGCUACCUCUAGUUCAGCUACCCUUUUCGGGGACAUUUUCGUUGCAGAUGACCCCUUGACGGUAGGGCCUGAACUCCAUUCCAAGACGGUGGGUCGAGCCCAAGGGUUGUACAGUGGAGCCGCCCUGGCAGAGGCAGGUCUACUUAUGACCAUGAACUUGGUGUUCACAGAUGGAAUAUACAACGGUAGCACUCUGAGUCUUUUUGGAAGGAACUCGAUAUUAGAUCUGUACCGUGAAAUGUCCAUCGUCGGUGGAACUGGUGUUUUCCGACUAGCUCGUGGAAUAGCUACGGCAAAGACAUUUUCCUUCAGUACCACCACGUUCAAUGCUGUGGUUGAGUACAGCGUCAUGAUCAUUCACUAUUGAUCCAUGGUGGCAUGGCAUGUUUGUUUCCCGGUUUCUUUCAGUGUUUAAAUAUUUCUUGUCUGCUGUUUAUUAUUACUCUAAUGUACGAUGAAUUCCAGUUUGGACUACUGUUUGGAGUUGGAAGCAAAAUAGAUCACCAAAUAACACAAAAACGGAG